GAUACAAAAUGGCGGCGACGAACCGAGAGGGUUUUCGGCGUCAGUAAAAAUCUCCGGGAAAGAAACGGGGAAAAAUCGAUUAAAACCCGUCAAAGAAACAAAUUAAUCGGCAAAUCGACGAAAUCGAUUAGGUAAAGUAUCGAUUAAAAAGCGCCGAUUGUUUCGAUUCUUUCCGCAAGGGGAAGGGAAAUGAAGGAGCGUCAGUGAAGGAGUAGCGGCGACGAAUCCGCGCAAUCCACCCGGGUUUUAUAUGCACAUAUCAUUUUAAAAGAAGCUUCAUUCUUAUUUUUCUAUACAACCUGGAUUAACUAUUGCAACGGCGAAGGAAUAUGAAGGAGAAGGACGUGUCGCCCAAAGCUGGCGGAAAACGCGGGGAGGAAAGGCGAGGCGGCCAUCACCAACAGCCCAGGAAAAUGGGGAAUAACCACAACAGCAUCAACAGAAACAACAAAAACCAUGGCAAUGCCAAAAGGGCUCGCAAUCUCAGUGGCAAAAGGACCAACAACAGAGAUUAUGAUGUUUACCCUCCCAACCGGACUGCUAAUAAUUUGAGUCUUUCUUCUGCUUCCUCAAGGACAAGUAGGACUGAGAGACAGCCUGCUGAAUACAAAACCCUGAAGAUCAGCAAUUUAGGUUCCCAGUUGAGUGACGGUGCCAUUGAGGAUGGGCUGUUCCACGAGUUUAAGAAGUUUGGGGAUGUUAGCGUGAAAAUUUCCAGGGAUGGGGAUGAAAGAGUGGCUUUAGUGAAUUUCAGGCAUUCUGAGGAUGCCAAGGCUGCCAGGCAUGCCAAGGGCAGGCUGGUACUGCAUGAUCGCCCUCUGAAAAUUGAAACGGUUUAUCCUCCUCCAAAAGGAAGAAGUUACUCCCCCGAGCUGGAUGGGUAUUCCGCACCAAGUGUUCAAGGCAACCGUCAUAGGCAGAGAUCUCUGUCUCCUGCAGGACUUGGUUACAGAGAGCACAGAACUCAGCAGCGCAGUUCUUUGGGGCGUCAGUUACCGCCACCACCACCACCACCUCCACCUCCCCAGAGAGAUUUGGAAAGAGAGCGGGAUUAUGCCUUUUAUGAAGGCCGAGCGCGAGCUGCUUAUACACUCGACAGAACCACAUUCAGAGAGGAUGAAAUCUUGCCAGAAGAUGAUAAAAGAGCUAAUAGGACGUUGUUUAUUGGUAACUUGGACCCUUCAGUUUCACAAAAUGACCUUUUGCUUGCAUUUGAAAGGUUUGGAGUAAUCUUAGAGGUGGAUAUCAAAAGGCCACCUCGUGGGCAAGGAAAUUCAUAUGGCUUCCUAAAAUUUGAAAACUUGGACAUGGCCCAUCGAGCAAAGAUUGCGAUGUCAGGAAAAGUGAUUGGAAGAAAUCCUAUCAAGAUUGGAUAUGGGAAAGCAACCCCCACCACUCGAUUGUGGGUUGGGGGAUUGGGUGCUUGGGUUCCUGUAGCUGGUCUUGCAAGGGAAUUUGAUCGCUUUGGGACCAUAAGGUCUAUUGACUACAGAAAGGGUGACAAUUGGGCUUAUAUUCAGUAUGAAAGCUUGGAUGCUGCACAAGCUGCGUGUACUCAGAUGCGUGGCUUUCCCUUAGGUGGACCAGAUCGGCGGCUAAGAGUUGAUUUUGCUGAUACAGAACAUCGAUAUCCUCAACAAUUUCUACAAGCCUUGCCUCUGCCUCAUUUUGAUUUGAUUGGCGAUGGCCUUCUUCCCCGUGGUGCAGAGUGUCUGAGGGGUAGGGAAAGGAAUUCUCCUCCAAUGCAUUACAGAGAAAGGGACCUUUUUCCAGGCAAUGACUGGCAUGUCCUUUCUGUCCGGGAACGAAACCGGAAUAGCCAUGAACCAUUUGAUCAACUUGAUCGUGAAGUCCGGGAUAGCUGGUCUCUUGAACGUGGGCGUGACCAUAUUUUGCAAAAUUGGGACCAAAGAAGAAAAAGGAGAGGCCCUCCAGACACACGGCCCACUGAUUGUUCACCCAGUAACGACCGCUCCAGAAAACGGCGUUGUAUUUCGCCAGAUCGCAGCCCGGGUAAUAGCAGCCGCGAUGGUGGACGCCACAGUGACUCGGACCGUGAUGCAAAGAAUGAACGGUAUUCACCUGGUAGGGAUCGAUGUAACAGCACAGAAAAAAUUCCCUGUGGUAAACAUGAGAUCAAAACUAUAAACUUAAAUGAAAAGGAUAAAGACCGCAAGCAUAGAACUACAGAAUGCGCAAGUCCCAUGAGGAGCAAAUCUAAAUCUGACUCAAGCAAUGCCAAAGCAUCUGAUAGCUUCCGGGAAUAUGAACGCAAGUUGAAUGUAGCCUGGCAUGGUAUGCUGGUUCUGAAGAAUAGUUCUUUCUCCACGAACAUGCACUUCCUCGAGGGUGAUCUCAGCGUUGCAACCAACUUAUUAGUGGAUGUCUCAACUGGUGGAAAAGUCGCACAGUUAAAAAUCACUCAGCGCUUACGACUGGAUCAGCCUAAAUUGGAUGAGGUAACAAGACGCAUCAAGGCAUCAGGCACUAAUGGCUAUUGUGUCCUGUUGGCAGUACCAGCAUUGAACAGCAUGGAAAAUGCGGAAGGGAUGUCCUCUUCUGUAGAGCAAGCCACUUCACCACAGAGACCACUGAGGAACUUGGUGUCCUAUCUAAAACAAAAGCAGGCUGCUGGUGUCAUCAGCCUGCCUGUUGGAGGAAGCAAAGAGAAGGACCACACUGGUGUGCUUCAUGCUUUUCCUCCAUGUGAUUUUUCCCAACAGUAUCUGCAAACCUCUGCUCGAGCCCUGGCCAAAUCUGAAGAAGACUGUCUAGUUAUAAUAAUUGUACGUGGUACAGCUUAGAAUUGAAAUUGAAAUUGUACUGUAUGUUGUGCUACCGGUGUGUAUUGUGAUGUGUACGGGAUGCAAAGAGGGCAAAGUUCACCAAACUGUCAGAUGCUUUAAUCACAUCAUGUUCUGGGGGCCCUACCUUUCUAUUUACACAAACACCAACAAAACGAAGCUGGCAGCCUUGCCUCCAGUAAAAGUAGAUCUACCAAUUGAUAGUAAAGUAUCAUUGUUGUCUUAUGAAAUCUCCAACCUUCUCUCUUCCCCCAACCCCAGCUAGUGCCCUGCCUAACACCCAUUUCAAUCACAAUAAUACUAAACUGGGCAUGUAGUUGUUAACACCUUUGGGCUAGGUAGGCCGCAUAUUUUAUUUUUUUUUCCUUUUUUGUUAUCCUUGUCUCCAUGUCCUCAGUUUAAAAGAUACUUUGAAACCACCACGUGUUAUGAAUACUUUUUCCUUUACUAUUUUUCAAAAGAAAGUUCCGUACUACAUUUCAAUACACAAGCACUGUCACUUGAUCAUAAACCAUGAACUGUACAGAGCUUGAAUGCUUCAUGCAUUGUUUAAGGUAGUGCCUACCUGUUGGUGCUAGAAGCCAGUAGUUGAUUAUUUCUUCAAGUAGGAUUCGUUACUGGAAACAGAGUCCUAAGGGUGAUACUCCUUUUAAUGUUAUUGUCGAAGGGCAAAACAGCUGUUGAAAAAUCCAGUUGUUUUCUAGUUAUGUAAAUAAGGUAACUGAUACAGGUGAACAGACACCUUGAAAACUGUUUUAUAUAAUGUGCUGUAAAGAGUUGUAGGCAGUUUUGUUUUGCACUUAUUAUCUUUUGGGCACCAGUAACACUCAAGCUAAGUUAAAACUGAGUAAGGUAAUACUUUGUCUUUCCUGCCUGAUGGUCCUGAAAACCUUUUUAAUUGCUUGGAUUUCAGUCCAAAAUCUACAAAGUUGAUUGAUUAAUCUUUGGCACACCCAAAGAGAAUGGCUUAAGCUUUUAGAACCAGUGAUCGGGGCAGUAAAGUCAAUUUUUAUGCCGUGCAAAAAAGCAACAAAUUAAUUAUAUAUGUCAAGAAUCUGGGGUUGAAAAGGACUCGUGAAUGUUUUAAAAGGUGCCUGUGUACUUGUUCAUUAGAGGGCUAACUUGUUAGUUGUGAGGAGGAGAGAAGAAACCAAAGGACAACAAUGAUUUGGGAAAAUUCCCUGGUCAUACCCAGGCUUCCUGCCCAAUCCUAAAAAGUGUAGAGUCAAAUUCGGCUGUUUGGUCCUCUGUAGUCAGUCUGUUGACACUUGCAUGAUGAGGUGUAACAGGGUGACUGGCCCAUUGAACCAGCCCAGCAAGUGUCAGCACAUUUAGGAAGCAGGGUGGAUGGUAAAUGAUCAAAAAUAGACCAUUUGUCCUGUAUAAUAGCACAAUGUCCUUUGUAAUGAUAGUGGUUACAGGUGCUAGACAGCCAUGUAGGAUGUUUUAUAUAUUUUUUUUCCCAGCCGAGCAGUGUGUGUUAUGAAAUGAUCUGGCCAGAUUUAAUUUGGGCCAAUACCUUUAAUUGGAUGAAGUCUUUUGGAAAGGGGGGUGAAAAGCAAACUGAAGCUAGUGCUAUGAAAGCAGUGUUUACUGGAGUCUGUAAGUACUACUGUUCAUCAUUUGGACAGAGUUUUAAGUAAAAUUUGCACGAAAGAUUCAGAUUUCCUGUUUUUGAUACUACACUAUCCAAUUGUACACUUUGACAUUGUUGUUCUUCCUAAAUGUAACCAAUAGCUCUAAAUGUGUGAUCCCAGUCAUGCAGACAACAGUAACAAUUAUUCAGUAUAUCAGUGCAAGAUGGGGAAACUACUUGAUUUGGAAUGAUCGUGAAGGAAUGGGAAGUUCUGAUUGAACAAGUACACAGGCAUUAAAUAAGUGGCAAAAGAAAAAUACUUUCAAUGAAAAAUAUGCAAGUGCACACUGACUGUUUCUAAAAUACAAACUAAAAAGCAAAAUCUGAACAAAAUCAGAAAAGCUUAAACUCUCAGCUGGUCAGUCAUUGUGAAGAGAACAAUCACUGUUUUGGUCUGCCACAAAUGCUGACUGAUCUGCUGUGUGUUGUCACUUUUUCUGUUUCUUUUUUUGCUUAUCUGUUGAAUGAAAGUACUUCUCCCAUCUCCAGCUCCUCUGAAUUGUAUUUGGGGCACUGAGAAUCAGUACUGGCUUGCACAGGUUAUGCAUUUUUUUCCCAACAGAGUUAAAUAGUAGUCUAGUUUUUUUUUCUUUGAGGAGUUUGUAGUGCUCAAGGCCAUUGGGCUGGACACUCUCACUCUUUCACUGUAUUAAAGAUAAAAUUGGCUUGCUUACCAGCAUGAUUAAGGUAUCUAGCUCUCCCCAUUCGUAUGAUUGCCUAUUGUAGGACAGCCUGUGGUGACUUAACUCCUUAGUCGAGACAGCAGUUGGAAUGUGGCAGUUUGCCUUUGUGCCCCUGCUCUAAGGAGAGUAAAAAUUAGUGACCUUUUUGAAUGCUAAAAUAGUCACUUCUUGUGAUGUGGGUGUCACUAACAAGAUUGGAAUUUAUUGUCAAUCCCUCAUUGUGUUCGAAAAGACGGUGGUGGUGGUGGGCUGCAUUCUUGACCUGCAGUUAUGUGUACUGUGAAGGUAGUCACAAAUUGCUGUACAGAUAUCUAGUGGGAACAUUAAUGGGCUGGGCUGUGAUCCCUAUGUAACUUGACGCUAGCGACAGAAUGAGAAAACUCGUCACUAGAGUGAGGAAAGAGGGGGUGGGGGCUUUGAGGUGUUGCUGAUAGUGUCAAAUGAAUUGUGUGCAUGUGAGCAUUUAGGAAAGGGAGGAGAGUUAGGGACAGGAUGCUCCAAAGUAUGACCCAAAAUUACUUGAUGUACCCUUAUGCAUAUAUAUAUAUAUAUAUAUAUAUAGACAUAUGCAGGUGCUUGUGGAAACAUUGUUUAUAUAAAGAAAGGUAUCUUGCAUAUUGGAAUGUAGCGCUGUUGGCAUUAGGAUGUACUGAUCCAUCAAAUCAUUUUACCUGCAUUCUACUAUAACUAGCCUUCGCUAAUGCUAGUGCAUGCUAGGGCCAAGUCAACAGAGUAAACGAGUUUCGACAAAUAGAGAUGUUAACAUAGGAGGAAGACGUUUUGACACAAGAGGUGGUGAUGGCAAUUUUUUUCCCCUGUGUGUGCAUUUGUACAAAGCUGUACAUGUGCAUGCUAAAACCAAAAUGAGUACUUUCACUUUUUGAAAUUUUGGGCCAAAUAAGAAAGAUUCAUAAAACAAAGGAAGGUGGUUGCAACUGACCUGUAUUGGUCUAAUUAAAUUGGCAUAAACAAUUUGUAAGGAUACAAAUCCAGUUAAAGCAAGUCUGUGUGCACUGUUGUUCUAUACAAUUUUAAGUUGUGAAAUGCAAGCUUAAAAAAUGCGCCAAUGUUUUUGGUUUAAUCACAAUUUUGUUUUAGAUAACUGGGAGUGGAGUGUAAAAUGUGUGGAGCAUUGAUCUGGAGCACAUGUCUGAACAGUUGGCAUGUUGUCCCAGAGCUGGGUGUACAAAAGCUGCAGUUAUUCUAUAAUUUAGAUUAUCUUCAAUAUUCUGAGAAUAACAGUAACCUAAAUUUCUUUGGACAAAAAAGAGCGUAGAUGCAAAAGGAUAUUUGGGUGUUGGCUUUCUCAUUAUGUGGCACUAAAGCAGUUGUCUUGCUCUAACCAUAGAACUUCUGUUAUCAGUAUAAGAAUUCUGUGGUUUUCGUUAGAAAUUAAAGGGAGAUUUCUUAGGAGCACUUACACAAGAUAAAAAUCAGAAUCCAGAUGUAGGUUUAGUUUUAAAGUUUAGGUAGCCUCCUUACUCCUUUUGGCUAGUUUAGUCUAGAACCGCUCACCUGUACUCACGAGUCUGUGGCUCUAAAGGCCAGCAGGCAGCCCAUCCCCAGAAAUUGGCCAUUGUCACCAGUUGAAUGGAGGCUGAGGAAUGGUCAUUGGUACCCGAUAUUUUUGUCUUUUGUUUUAUAUGUUUUUCAUCUCCCCUUCCCCUUGCCGGUUGAGAUUGGGAAAGCUGUAGGCACUUCCACAUGGUACCACUGAACAGCGGAGCAUCUGUUUAUUGUUGACUCUAAGAUGCUGUAAUAGUAGUUUUGAAGGACAGACCUGUGAUCCGUAAGAGGCAUUCUUCCCAUUUAAUUUUCUAGUCCGUGUGCUGCUGCCCUCUUGAUUUGGUAGGAAUUCUUGUAGCCUAUACAUAAAUAUUUUUUGAAUUACUUGUAGACCUCCCAUUGCCUCACUUCACGAGGGCAGGUCCUGGACACCAUUGCUAAUGUAAAAUGCUAUAAUGCUUCUAAUGUUCUAUGUUCUGUUCUGUUCUCUUCUCAUCCUUGGCAGCCAAGGUACAUAAUUAUUUUGGUGCAGAUAUCCCCAUCCCAAAAGAAGAAAUGGUCUUAAAUUUUUCAAACUGUAAAUGACCCAGAGUGUUAGGAAUCUACUGUAAAUGAGGAUUAAGAAGAGCUGCAAAGGAUCUUAACCUUCAAGCAAGUCUUUAGACUUGCAUCGGAUAGCCUUGCUUAGGGACUGUUUAAUAUAGGACUUUUAUCUUGAAGAAAAAUAUCAGCUUUUACAGUGUCUUUGACAACUACAUCAAAAAAUUUGUUUUAGAAACCUAGGGUCUUGGUGCCUUAGUAAGAAGCAGUUAUUCAGUAGCAUGCCAACUGAAUUUCCUUAGAGCUAAUUUUUUUUUGAGGCUAUGUGUAAAAUUACUGUAUUCUUGUUAGUUAUGUAGAAGAAACUGGUGUUGCAUGUAUUUUUUGUCUAAUUUGAUAUUUCUUUCCUGCAAAAACCAAGUGACAGAAUAUUUGAAUGGCAAAGCUGAGGAGGAGACUUCCUACUGGAAUUUAGUACGAGCCGAAGACAAUGUUUGUGUGAAGUAGAAUGGCCUUUUGCAGGGGGAAAAGAUUUCUGUUAUUUUGUUUUUAAAGAGCUGGAAUGGCAGCUUGAAAAAAAUAUAUAAAAAGUUCCUGUAUCUUCUAAUGUGAAGCCAGGUCCUGUGUUUUGAGGGGAAAGAUGAUCUGCUGCUGUGUGCUGUUUAUAGCUGAUUUCUGGGGGAGAAAGGAAAAGCUAUUCGGGCUCAACCAGCUGAAUACGGGCUUUCACAGACACACGUGCGUUGAGCUGAUUAUGUUGUCAACCAAAAUCAAUAAAAUGUGUUUUCUUUUGAGGAAAAAAACUGCGUUGGAGUAAGUUUGAUGAAUGAAGCAAAAAAACAUGAUCCCUUGUGUACGUUUGAGGCUUUUUGUUUCGGAAGGCCCCGUUAUUUGAGGAGGAAACUUCAGCGUCACCGUUAACUUAACAGUGGCCUGCAAGAAACGAAAUGGGGGGGAACAUUCCCCACUCUGAAAUGUUGAGAAUUGACCGCUGACUGAUCAUCUUGAUGCUGUUCUAAUCGAAGAUCCAGAAUUGCUUGAAAGAGUUUAUAUAAAAAAAAGUUUUGAUUUA